GCGCGCCUGCCAGGGAGCUGUCUGCAGACGUUCGGUACUGAAAGCGUUUGGCGCGGGCAGGAUGGAGGAAGAGCUGAAAUGCCCGGUGUGCGGUUCCUUGUUCAAGGAGCCGCUCUUGCUGCCCUGCUCCCACAAUGUUUGCCUGGUGUGUGCGCGCAGCAUCAGCGUGCACACGCCGGACGGGGAGCCCGCCGGAGCCGUGCAGCAGAGCCGCGCGUCGGCGGCCAGCUCGGACUACGACUACCUGGACGUGGACAAGAUGAGCCUGUACAGCGAGACGGACAGCGGCUACGGCUCGUACACGCCGUGCCAGCUCAAGUCGCCCAACGGCGUGCGGGUGUUCCCCCCCCCGCAACACCCCCACCACCAGCAGCGGCUGUGCUCGCUCACCUGCCCGCUGUGCCACCGCAGCGUCUCCCUGGACGAGCGAGGGCUGCGCGGUUUACCUCGCAACCGGCUCUUGGAGGCCAUCGUGGCGCGGUACCGGCAGACCCGCGCCGCCACGGCCUCCGCCGCCUCGGGGGCGGCCAAGUGUCAGCUGUGUGACCGCAACCCGGUGGACGCGGCGGUCAUGUGCGAGCAAUGCGACGUGUUUUACUGCAACGCCUGUCAGCAGCGGUGCCACCCGUCCCGCGGCCCGCUCGCUAAGCACCGCUUGGUCCCGCCGCCCCAGCCGCGACCGGGCCAGGCGGCCUCCGGGGCGGGCGCGGGACAGCCGCCGGCCACCGCGCGGAAACCGGCGACGUGCGUCGAGCACGAAGCGGAGAACUUCGUCAUGUACUGCUGCAACUGCAGGGCGCCCGUGUGCGCCAAGUGCGCCGAGGAGGGACGGCACGCCAAACACGACGUCAAGCCCAUCGCCCUCAUGUGGAAGCAGCACAAGUGUCAACUCUCUCAGGCCCUCAACGGCGUCUCAGACAAAGCCAAAGAUGCAAAAGAGUUCCUGGUCCAACUCAAGAACAUGCUGCAGCAGAUCCAGGAGAACGGCGUGGAGUUCGAGGCUUGCCUGGUGGCUCAGUGCGACUCGCUGAUCGAGGCGCUGACCCGACAGAAAGCCAAACUUUUGACAAAAGUCACCAAGGAGAAGGAAUACAAGCUGAAGGUGGCGCGCGACCAGAUCACCCACUGCACCAUGAAGCUGCGGCAGACCACCGGCAUGAUGGAGUAUUGCCUGGAGGUGCUGAAAGAGAACGACCCCAGUGGCUUCCUCCAGAUCUCAGACGCGCUGAUCAAGCGCGUGGCAUCGUCUCAGGACCAGUGGGUCAAAGGCAACCUGGAGGCCAAGGUGGGCCCGGACUUUCAGCUCACGCUCAACACCGACGCGCUUCUGCAGAGCAUCCUGCAGUUAGAUUUCUGCCAGGGCAAAGACGUGCAGGAUGGCGCCUUAGUGAAACAAAAGCAGCAGGCAGCGGCCAGUGCUGAAACCGAUGCCGAUGCACAAAGUCCAGGAGCGGAGUCGGGACCCUCGGUACCGGCGGCUCCCCUCCUGCAGCUGGAGAAGUGCUGCAGCGGCAACAACAGCGCCACGCUAGCUUGGAGGGUAGCCGUGCCCCAAGGAGCGCCCAUCGAGGGCUACAUUCUGGAGCUGGACGACGGCAACGGUGGACAGUACCGGGAGGUGUACGUGGGCAAAGAGACGGUGUGCACGGUGGACGGGCUCCACUUCAACAGUUUGUACAACACCAGAGUGAAGGCCUACAACGCCGUCGGCGUGGGGCCCUACAGCAAGACGGUGGUGCUCAAGACCUCCGACGUGGCUUGCUUCGCCUUCGACCCGACAUCGGCUCACCGGGACAUCGUGCUGAGCAACGAGAACCAGACGGUGUCAUGUAACAGCUACGACGACCGCGUGGUGCUCGGGACCGCCGCCUUCUCCAAGGGCACCCACUACUGGGAGGUCCGCAUCGAUCGCUACGACAACCACCCGGACCCCGCGUUUGGCAUCGCCCGCAUCAACACGGUCAAGGACAUGAUGUUGGGCAAGGACGAUAAAGCCUGGGCUAUGUAUGUGGACAACAACCGCUCGUGGUUCAUGCACAACAACUCGCACACAAACAGGGCAGAGGGCGGCAUCACGAAGGGCGCCACGGUGGGCAUCCUGCUGGACCUGACCAAGCGCACUCUGACGUUCUUCAUCAACAAGGAACAACACGGACCGACCGCCUUCGAGAACCUGGACGGCGUCUUCGUGCCCGCCGUCAGCCUCAACAGAAACGUCCAGGUGACGCUAGUGACGGGCCUGGAGGUGCCAAGGGUCCUCAAACAGUAAAGGAGGCCUCCACAAGAUCCUCAAAAGGUUUCUCGGAUAAUAGAUUGGCUCCGUCAGCGACAGCUCGACACGAGCAGUUCUCGACGGAAGUCCGCACGCACAAUUAAGCAGACUGCAGGGCUACAUUUUUGUCAUCUCGCGACGAAAGACAAGGAAGACAUUUUAGGGUGACAGCAGCAAAAAGCUUUUGUUAGAGUUCAAACAGCGACUCAGGUUGUCACGGCGAUAAAAUAUUCACGCGCUCGACUGAAGCCGUUUUAGAUUCGCUGCGGAAAAAUGUCUUCACAAGCCGCACGAAGGCAGUUUUGUUUGGCGUCAUAACAAUUUCGUUAGUUCUGGGCAUGACGUGACUUCUACUUUUAAACAUCUCCUUUUCAAAACGUAACAAAGUAACGCAUCAAAUAGCCAACUGGAAGAAAUUACGCGUUUGAGUCCCCCUCAUCAUCAUCGUCAAUGAGAUGUAACAAGGCCGAGCAUCUUUCUCACUCAAACAGCAUCGGUGAUGCGUCUGCAAGGGGGGGGAACCUCAAGACGAAAAGUGAAUAUUUUAUACGCAACAUUGGGAUUUUUCUUUUUUUUGUGGGUCACCUCAUGGUAAUUUAAUCACGCACUCUCUGCAAAGCGUUGCUUUGAAUCAAUGAAAAGUGGCUCCGGAUCACUGUGACAUAAAAAAAAAAAAGAA